GCUUUCGGUCGACGUAUUCUGCAUUCAUGGGAUCGCACCCUAAGUGCCAAUGUUAAACACUAUACUACUACUACUACUUGUCAAACUGGAGAGUUGGUUCUCCUGUCUCUAUUAUACAGUCUUCUUGGUUCUGAUUGUGGUGUAAUUAUUUAUAAGAUUCAAGGCUUGACUCGCUUUCAACUUUUGUAAGUGAAUUAAAUAAACACAUAUAAUGGCUACAACAACCACAGGUUUCACGUUAGGAACUCCCGCUCAAUCAACAAUCUCUGGCUUUUCGCUUGGGAAAACCACUUCUUUAACCACUCAAACAACUCCAGCUGUUGGAACUCUUCAGGCUUCUUUAGGCUCCACUUCUACCGUGAGUACAUCAGCUAGCAGUGGCCAGGAUGGAACAAUUAAUUUUUGUCAGCUGGAAGAAUCCAUCAAUAAGUGGACUUUAGAAUUGGAAGAGCAAGAAAAGGUGUUUGUCAAUCAAGCAACGCAGGUUAACGCUUGGGACAAAUUACUCAUUGCCAACGGAGAGAAGAUCGUUACCCUAAAUCAGGAAGUGGAAAGAGUUAAACAAGAACAACAACAAUUAGAGCAUGAACUUGACUAUGUGGUUGGUCAGCAGAAGGAAUUACAGGACUGUCUCGUGCCUCUUGAAAAAGAACUUUCUCAACUCUCAGUAUCAGAUCCCGAACGAGAAUACACUUACCGUCUCGCCGAAAGUCUAGACACUCAACUCAAACAAAUGUCUGAAGACUUGAAAGAGAUUAUUGAACAUUUAAAUGAAGCGAAUCGUGCCCAAGAUUCGAGUGAUCCUAUUGUUCAGAUUGGAAAAAUAUUGAAUGCUCACAUGAACAGCUUGCAGUGGCUUGAUCAACGUACCAAUCUCAUAAGUCAAAAAAUUCAGCAAAUCGAUCAAAUGCACCACAACUUUCGUCAGGAAAAUGAACGCAGUUUCAGUCUAGCUUACAACUAGUAUUAAAUGUUUUUAAAUGUAAAAUAAAAAUUAAGGUUUCGAAUAAUGUUGACGAAUAAAUAAAGUUAUAUUUUUCAUUUUUA